ACAAAGCAGGAAGAAGAGCUGGAGCAUGGUGUCCCAGGCAGCCGAGAAUGGAAGCCAGACCUCCUCCGGGGUGACAGAUUAUGACAGCAACUGGUACAUAGAGGGGCCUGAGGAGGCGCAGCCAGAAGGGGUGGAUCCCCCUUGCCGGCCUAGCGUACCGCCUGUCCUGUACCAUGCCUGCCUGGCCUCACUGUCGCUCCUGGCUCUGCUGCUGUUGGCCUUACUGGUGAGACGCCGCAGGCUUUGGUCACACUGCGGUCACCGCAGGCCUGGACUGCCCAGCCCCGUGGAUUUCUUAGCUAGGGACCGAUCCUGGACAGUGUCCACUGCUGUCUUUGUGGUCCUCUUCAGCAAUCUGUGCCUGUUGCUCCCUGAUGAGGACCCUCUGCCUUUCCUGAGCCUCAGCGAAGCAUCCAUUCCAGAUGGAGAGACGGAGAGGUCAAAAGGGCCCUGGAAGCUCCUAGCCCUGCUCUACUAUCCAGCCCUCUACUACCCUCUGGCUGCUUGUGCCACGGCAGGGCACCAGGCUGCAUACUUAUUGGGUACCGUGCUGUCUUGGGCCCACUUUGGUGCUCAGGUCUGGCAGAGAGCAGAGUGUCCUCAGGACCUCAAGAUCUACAAGUACUACUCCUUGCUGGCCUCCCUGCCUCUGCUUCUGGGGCUUGGAUUCCUGAGCAUUUGGUACCCAGUGAAGCUGGUACAGGCUAUCCAGCACCAGACAGGAGAGGGCUCCCAGGGGCUGCAGACCAGCUCCUCCGAGAAGUAUCUGAGGACCCUCCUCUGCCCAAAGAAGCUGGACAGAUGCUCCCGCCCUGCCUCCAAGCAUCGCCUCCUGUCUCGGGCCUGGGCCUGCUCCCAGCACUCCCUCUACACUUCACAGCCAGGAGUCCGCCUGCCCUUGAAGCUGGUGAUCUCGGCCACUCUGACAGGAGCAGCCACUUACCAGGUGGCCCUGCUGCUGCUGGUGAGCGUGGUGCCUACUGUGCAGAAGGUGAGGGCGGGGAUCACCACGGAUGUCUCCUACCUGCUGGCUGGCUUUGGGAUCGUGCUCUCUGAGGACAGGCAGGAGGUGGUAGAGCUGGUGAAGCAUCACUUAUGGGCUGUGGAAGCAUGUUACAUCUCAGCUCUGGUCUUGUCCUGCUCAUUAACCUUCCUGCUCCUGAUCCGCUCUCUGGGGACACACAGGGCCAAUCUUCAAGCACUGCACCGAGGGGCUACCCUGGACCUGGGUCCUCCUCUCCAGAGUACUCACCCCUCCCGCCAAGCCAUAGUCUGCUGGAUGAGCUUCAGUGCCUAUCAGACGGCCUUCACCUGCCUUGGGCUCCUGGUGCAGCAGGUCAUCUUCUUCUUGGGGACUACAGCCCUGGCCUUCCUGGUGUUUGUGCCUCUAAUCCAUGGCAGGAACCUCCUGCUCCUCCGAUCCCUAGAAUCCACAUGGCCCUUCUGGCUGACUCUGGCCUUGGCUGUACUCACACAGAACACAGCAGCCAACUGGGUCUUCUUAGACACUCACCAUGGAUAUCCAGAGCUGACCAACCGGCGCAUGCUCUGUGUGGCCACCUUUCUUCUCUUCCCCAUCAACAUGCUGGUGGGAGCUAUAGUGGCUCUCUGGCGGGUGCUUCUGUCUUCCCUCUACAACGCCGUUCACCUUGGCCAGAUGGACCUCAGCCUGCUGCCACAGAGAGCUGCCUCCCUGGAUCCAGGCUAUCACACAUACCGAAACUUCCUGAGGAUCGAGGCUAGCCAGUCGCAUCCAGGAGUCCUGGCCUUCUGCACCCUGCUUCUUCAUGCGCCAAGUCCACAGCCCCGGCCCCUGAUGGCCCCCCAGGACAGCCUCAGACCAACAGAAGAAGAAGGGAUGCAAUUGCUACAGACCAAGGACCUGAUGGCCAAAGGAGCAGGACCGAAAGGCAGCCAGAGCAGGGCCCGCUGGUGUCUGGCCUACACUCUGCUGCGCAACCCUAGCCUGCAGGCCUUCCGGAAGGCAGCCCUGACUAGUGCCAAAGCCAAUGGCACCCAGCCCUGAGGGUGAGGAAAACCACACCACCCUGCUCUUAUGUGCUGAGGCACAUUCCUGUCUACCAUCCUCCCUCCCAUCCAUACCAGCAACCCCCUCCCCCAGCAGUAGCCCUGCCAGCCAGCAGAUCCCUGUGGGAUCAGGGGACUGGAGUCACUGUGUCUACACUACCAGCCUCGAGAGGAUUUUGGACUGUGCUCGUCCACCAGGCUAGGGCUCUAGAGAAAACAGCUGACGGGCUCUUUGUUUUGGAACUGGAAGAGCAGGGGUGGCCACAUUUGGGCCUCUCUUCCCCAACCUGGCUCUGCCAUCAGCUUGCCAGCCUCACUGAGGCCCCUCUCACUCCCUGUUCCGUGAUGAAAGGCCUGAGUAUCUCCCAUCCCAGCUGGCCCCACCUCAGUCCCAGCCCUCCCACCACGAAGGUGGAGCCUGUGCGGCUUCCUCCCUGCCCCAGCUUUCUCUUUCCUCUUUCUCUCUACCACUACCCGCCCCUUCUUGUGCAGCCAAGGCAGACUCUAAGAGGCCUCGCCGAGCUGCCCACUCCAAGAAGCAGAUAUUUUUGUAGUUUUAAUGCCGUUAGUUGUCAUGAAAGAAGUUAGCGUGCUCCCAGUAAUAAAUGUGCCCCU